AUUAAAUUUCUCACUCUUUGAUCUUCAUUCAGUCCAUACCAUAGAGUAUCAUAUCUAUACUCCAAGGCUCUUUCUUAACGGACUGUGAGAGCUUAAUCUUAUCCCAUCACCAUGUCUCUAUCUCUAAAAGUCUUUCCUUCUUUGGACAAGAGAUUGGAAGAGGGUCCAGCCACCACUACCGACAUCGAAUCAGGGGCCUCGGUGCAUGUCGACAAGGCCACCACAGACCAUAUCGACAAGGCCUCAGAGAGAUCUUACGUGCGAAAGUUGGAUAUAUAUCUCCUCCCCUAUUUGGCCUUGAUGUAUUUCUUUAACGCUGUCGACCGCAGCAACCUUGGAAAUGCGGAGACGGAUGGCCUCUCAAAGGAUCUCCACUUUGUUGGGAACGAAUACUCUUUACUCAUUCUUCUCUUUUACAUCCCCUUUGGCACUUUGGACUUGCCUCUCAACAUCCUCACCAAGAGAUUCACAGCUGCAUUGGUGUUGCCCAUCUUGAUGAUCACCUGGGGAUCCGUGUCUCUCCUCCAGUGUGCUGCCUUUAACUUUGGCGGUUUGCUUGUCUGCCGUCUAGUCAUGGGUGCCUGUGAAGCGGGCUUCUUCGCUGGUGUGGUUUUUUACUUAACACUGUUCUACUCGCGCGGGGAACUCGGCUUCCGCAUCGCCAUUGUUUUCGGCAGCGCUCUUCUUGCAGCGGCCUUCAGCGGCCUUAUAGCCUUCGGAGUGUUCCAUAUAAAUACUACCAUCCCAGGUUGGAAAUAUCUCAUGAUCAUUGAGGGUAGCCUGACCUUGGUUUUCGGCGUCAUCGCCUUCUUCUGGCUUCCUGCCUCUCCUCAAACUGCAUGGUUCUUGAACCAAGAUGAGAAAGCUGCAGCAACAGCCCGAUCCCUGCGCGACUCUUCCAAUAAGGUCAGCACCAAAUUUAAUCUGAAGGAUUGUUUCCAGAUCUGGAAAGAUUGGAAAUUUGCUUUGUGGUGCGUAAUAGCCUUUGUCUAUCCAGUCGCCUUUGCCACCACUUCGAAUUUUCUUCCACAAAUCGUCCAGCGCCUUGGAUACUCAACCGUGAAGACAAAUCUAUGGACAGUAGCCCCGAACGCCGUUGGAUUCAUCGUACUGCUUCUCGUUGCCAAAUCGUCGGAUUACUUCCGCGAGCGCACAUUCCACAUUAUCGGUUCCUUAAUUACCAGCCUUAUUGGUAUGAUUAUACUCAUUACUAUCGAUGUUCUGGACCAUAAGGGUGUUGCAUACUUUGCUUGUUUUUUAAUGGCUGCAGGGGCAUACAUCCCGUCAUGUCUCGUCCAAACAUGGCACAACAACAACAACCUCGACGAGAAUAGCCGUGCUGCAACCACCGGACUCCUUGUUGGCCUCGGCAACUUUGCUGGUAUCCUUUCAGCAGCCACUUUUCGUGUCGAGUAUGCUCCCAAAUAUAUUCCGACUUUGAUUACUACCUGCAUUUGCAACGUCAUUGCUAUUGCUUCAGUGUUGAUCUUAGGCCUUUGGAUGAGAGCCGAGAAUAGGAGACGAAAUGAGGCCAUAGGUACUAAUUUGAGGGCUCAAGAUGUCAGUACUAGCGAGCUUUCUGAUGGCGAGAAUUCGCUCAAGUUUCGUUACUUCGUUUGAAGAUAUAGUGGAUGGGGCUUGAGUAGAGAUUAGGAUCUAGUUACGUUUAGGCUUCUUUUACAUCUAACUUGGAUAACAUUUAAAGCGCAUCACGAGUAUAAUCGUUAUCGUCGGAAUGAACAUUUUCCAGUGUUCGGCACGGAUACCAAAAUACCCGUGGUAUCCGGGUAUAUCCUCGAGUAAUUACCUACCCGGCGAUAUUUUAGGAGUAUCCGGCGUAUCCGGAUACUCUCGAGUAGUAUCCGGAUACAUGCUAAGAAUAGCCAAGAAUAGCC